GGACAGCUGAAUGACUGGCGAAGGGCAAUGAAGAUUGGCGCCAUUUCCAGGCUGUGUUGUUCUCGUUAGGCGCAAUUUUAAAUCUGACAAGUAACUAUGGCGAUUUGGUGAAUUAUACUUUAAAAAAAAAAUAUUACCACUUUUGUCUGCCUUAAGAACUACGGGAAUGGUUAAUGUUUUUAUCGUUGGAAUUUUGUGAAGAGCUAUUGCAGUGGCUCGUUGAGCCUUCCGCGGGAGCUAAGCGGCUAUGAAGCUGCAGAGGGCUGCUGACGCCAGGCCACCCCUGAAUUUGAGUAUCGGCACAAAGGGAAGAGAAGCGACAGCAAUUUUGGUUUAAUGAGCAGCCAGAUAUGGUGAGCAUAGUGGGCAUGGCAACACUUGUGGAAGACUUUGAUACUCAGGACUGUAAGAAGCGAAAAAAAGAAGGCGAUCAUGCACCUGUUAAAACCAUCACAAAUUAUUUCAUGCCACUGGCUAAAGUCGAGAAAGCAUUCUCGCCACCCAAGUCCAAUAAUAUUAUGGACUAUUUUAAAAAAACAUCUCCUGCCAACAACAAACAUGUUGUACAGGAAAAAGUUAAAGAAAACCAAGAGAAGCGUGAUGUGACAGUCAAGGAUGACAGGAUACCAGUAAGAGGGGUGAGAAGCCUACGAAGAGGAAGAAAUGUGACUAAAAAAGAGAAUUUCAGCAAACAAAUUGACAGCAUUGAGGAGAACACUGAUGAGGUCUCUGAUGUGAACAAUGAUUCCCGUGAUAAUGGCUUGACUGUGGGAUCUAGCAUCUUGGGUAGUGAGACAGCUGCCUUGCUGGCUGAGAUCUGUGCAAACAGUUAUGACUUACAAGAAGACAAAAACUUAAAUGAACAGCCAAAGACUGCAUUGAAAAGUAAGACAAUGAAAAAAACAAAGAAAAUGCAGAGAAAGCCACAACAGUUAGAGACCUCUUCCAAGGUUUUAAUUAAAGAGCCGUUAGAAAAUAAAGACAGUAAUGAAAGCUCCAGAGUGACAUUGCUUCCACCUCAUAAUGAGUGUAGGAAAUCAAUGUGCAAUUCCAGCCUGGAUGUCAAUGUUGAUGAGACGUCCUGUCUAAAUGACAGCAUUGUUACCAUCUCCUUUGAGGAUUUUUUGGAAAGCCAAAAGGAAGUUGAUAAUCUCUCAUCACCAGACAGGUCUUUGGUUAAGUCAUCUGAUGAUAAAGAUGGACAAAAAAGCUCUCCCAGUCAAGUUUCUCCAAGGACUCUUACCAUUCAGGCCCAAGUUCAUUCUCUUGCUGCAAGAUCUACCGGUGCAAAAGCUCAGAAGAAAAUUGCAUCUAUUUUCAUGAAAAAGAGGGAUGUGGAGGCUGAUCCAGUCGAAGUUCUGCAAGUGGACCCUCUAAUAACCAAAACAGCUGAGCAAGUUUCAAAAAGAAAAUCAAAUGUAGUUGUAGAUGAGGAGGCACUAGAAUUGUCUGUUAUUGAGACUUCAACAAGCUGUCUGUCCAAACCCAAAUGCACCCCAGCUGAGAAGAAACAGUUCAUGAAUGUGUUUAAACAGCCACCACUGGAUGUAGCUAAGAACAAACAAAAGAAGGUGCAAAGAAAUCCAAAAGUGCCUAUAGAAAAGGUCCCAAAAGAGCUUGAGGUAACAGAAAAUACCACAGAAGAGACCGCUGUCACAAAUGUUCUUGAUUCAGACGUUUCUGGUAGCAGUGGUAAUUGGAGCAAAGAUGUGCAAUGUGUGAAAGAGAACACAUCUGCUCAAAAAGGAAAAUCAUUAAAGAGGAAGGGCAAGAGAAAUGUAGGUAAAGUAUCUUCAAUAGAUGAUGUGGCUCCAAAAGUGCUGGAGAAGACACAAAAACCAGAAGACCGCAAAACUGAAGAAAAAGAGAUUAUGCAAGAAGCAAAUCUUGUUUGUACAGUGUCUUCGAGAAGGCUGACAAGAGGUCAAGCUAAGAGUGAUGCACAGAACUUAACUAGUCUGAACAAACGUAACAAAGAGAAUUCAGAUGUCUGUUCAAGCCUUGUAGGAGAUUCCCCGGUACAGAUGUCAACCCCUAAAACAACGAAGAAAGGAAUUUAUAGAUCCGAGAUGAUAACUGCUCCGGAUGAAUCCCAGUCUCCAAUCAGGAUGCGAUUUACUCGUGUAUUUCCACGAAGAUUGCUGAACUCUGGGGGAGAAGACACAGAAACAUUACUAAAGAAAGCUGACGCAAAGAAAAAUACACUGAAAGCCAAACAGCUGGUGGAGAAAGCAAAAGCCAUGCAACAGAGCAAGUGUAAAACAACGCAGGAUAAAGAUGUGUGUUUGAGAAGAUCUUCUCGAGCUCGUCAGCAAAGCAAGGUUACUCCUGAUGAGAUAUAUCAAAAUACACAAGAUAUAUGCUUUCGGGUCUGUUUUACCGAAAUGGAAUUCUGUAGGAGCAGCUUAAUAUCUGCGAACUCCCUUGUCUUGAUAGAAGAUGGUGAUUUCUCCAAGGAACAACAAAAUGGGAAAAAACUGCGAAGCCUGAAUGAAGUAUUGGGUAAAAGCAAAUGCCCCAAGACCUCCACAGACUCCAAGGUUGCUCCAAUUUUUCUGGGAAAAAAGUCCACUAAACCCUCUGUUAUCUCCAUUUUUGAUGACAGCAGCCUGGAUGAAUCUGAAAAUUCACAGGAUGAUGAGCAGUUUAGAGCAAAGAGGGAAUUUUUAAAAAGCGGAUUGCCAGACUCCUUUAAGAAGCACAUUGCUAAGAAGGCUGCGUCUGAGCUGGCUUUCUCUCAGGCUGCUGUUUCCUUCAGAGCUGUUGUCCAUAUUUUGCAAAAGCAGGAGGGGAGCAAGUUUUGGGAGCUAACUUGGCCAGAGUCUCCUUUCUUGAGAUCUCUGAAAGAUGAUCCUGAGAUGAAUGAAAUGAACCGGCAUGUCAUGACUUUGGGGGAAUUUACAUAUGCAAAAUCUUCUUGGACUCCUAAGACCCCAGUGGUUGAGGUGUCUGGCUGGAGAGUAGACCUCUCGGAGGAAAUGAGGCAGCAGCUGCUUGAAGAUAUAAGGCUUGCCAACCCAUCCUUCCCUGUGCAGAAAUUUUUCAACUGUUUCUUAAAGAGACGUACUGAACAUGUUUUACUUCCUUCUGUAUCUGAACUAGGUAAAGAGGCAAAUGCACCCAAUAGUCUGCAACAGAAUGCUGGAAAGAGAAAAAGAAAAAGCAGUGUUGAAAAGGAGUCAAAACGAAGCAAGCCAAACCUGCAGGACUCUGAUGUAAUCGUGAUUGAAAGUGACACUGCAGAAUGUGUACCAGUAAGAGUUACGAGGAGGACCCGGGGAGCUAAGGAUGAAGUUGCAGUCCAGGUGUCUGGAAAAUCUCGGCUAAGUCGCAGCACCAGGCAAAAGGAACAGGCAUCAGUGCAAUGUGAGGAUGAGGAGAUUGCAGUGAAAGUAAUGCAGACUAAAACUGACAAAAUUCUGGAGACGAAACUUGAAGAGACAGCUAAAGAGGAUGUAUUAUGGACUGAAAAAUACCAGCCACAGCAAUCCAGUGAAAUAGUUGGCAAUUGUGGAGCCGUAAAGAAAUUGUACAGUUGGUUAAAGGAAUGGAAGCUGAGGACAGACCGUGAAGAAAGCAAGAAUCAGACUGAAUCCAAGCUAAAAGACAAAAAUGAUACUUGGGACACUGGAGAUUUUAAGGAAGAUGAUUCGGAAGAAGAAAAUGAUGACUUUCUGUGUAACACUAUGCUAGUUACUGGUCCUUCUGGAGUUGGAAAGACAGCAGCUGUGUAUGCCUGUGCACAUGAGCUAGGUUUUAAGGUGUUUGAGGUGAACGCUUCCUCACAGCGAAGUGGCCGACAGGUUCUGUCACAGCUUAAGGAAGCAACCCAGUCUCAUCAGGUAGACAUACAAGGAGUGAACACACACAAACCAGCUUACUUCAGUAAUCCUAGUAGGUCAUUCAGUGGCAGCAGCACUUCCCCACGGAAAGUUAAUUCUCCAAAAAAGGUGGUUUCAUCUCCUCGAAAUUCUCCUCAGUCAAAUCGUAGAGCAGGAAUAAGUAAAGGAGGAUUGGCACCCACAGCCCUGGAAAAAUUCUUCAAACUAGGUUCAAGGCCUGCUGGUAAAAAUGAGAAGAUAAAGCCAGAGAGAGAAUUUAAAGAUAAAAAGCAAAACCAUCCUAAAGUAAAAGAAGGUAGCUUUGAAACAGUUGAGGCAUUAAAGACAGGUUUAUCUGAAAUUAAAAGUUCUGCGUCUGAGGAGGCAAACAAGAAAAGUGCUACAUCUCUCAUCCUCUUUGAGGAGGUGGACAUCAUCUUUGAUGAUGACUCUGGCUUUUGGGCAGCUAUUAAGACUUUCAUGGCAACAACAAAGAGGCCUGUAAUUCUAACAACAAAUGAUCCAUAUUUCAGUCUGAAAUUUGAUGGUUGCUUUGAAGAAGUAAUUUUCAAAAUGCCUGAUGUGAGCACAGUUACAACCUACCUACAACUUGUGUGCUUGGCUGAAAAUCUGAAAACCAAUGUGAAAGACUGUGCAUCUCUACUUGCUUGGAAUAACUGUGAUAUACGUCAGAGUUUGCUGCACCUGCAGUUCUGGAUAAGGAGUGGUGGCAGUAAUGCUUUGGUUCAGCAGACUUGUAGUCAAGCACCACCAGGUAAUGAAAAGUUGCAUCAUGUACCACUUUGUGACCAAGGAAGCACAGAAAGCCUGCUGGGUUUACAUAAUAUUAAGACUUCACCAGAUCUUCUCUCUUUUCUAAAGACUAAGAUUACAAGCGAAGAGCAGCUGAACGAGCACAUCAGAAUGCUGGUUGAAUGUCAGGAUAUGAAACUGUAUUUUACCUACAAUAAUUUAGAGUUCCUACUCCCUUUGCCAGUAAAAAUUAUUCCUGCAUGUGGCGACACACCACAAACAGACAACACAAGGGAGAUGGAGGAUACAGUACAUAGUCCAAUGGAGAUUUCCAAACAAGAGGAUAAUAACCAGUCCCCAGACCCCAGCCCUUUGAAAUUGUCAUCUAGGAUGAAAAGAAAACGAAUGCUUUGCCUGCGGGAUGAGGAGGAUUUAUUUCAGUCCGAUUCCGAGGACAGCUUUGUCACUUUAUCAGCAACACAUUCUACCUCCUGUAUUGAAAAGAAAGCAACAAUUGAUCGCGACCUUGUCGAGCAACAGAAAAAGAGACAGGAAAGAAAACCAAAAACUCCAUCAGAAAAACAGAGCUGCGCGCUAGUGUCCAAAACUCUUGAUUCACUGGCUGAUUUCCUAGAGAAUGUAUCUUUUCUGGACUCCUCCUUGUAUACAGAAAAAAAUGAAAAAGAAGGACCUUGCAAUAAUGGGGUUUGCUGUUGGUCAGCUGCUGAAAUAAAAAAUGGUCUUUCAGAUGAGGCCAGAAUAGAAAACAACGUGUGGUGGCAUAGCUAUAGUGCGACUAAAAUGAAGGCUACGGUGGAGGCACUGAGUUUUCAGAGAUGCCAUAUGCAGAUUGAUAAGGCACUAGAUGGCACACUAAGUCGGUGUAUAGAACUAGGGAGUGAUCCAACUGAAGAAAUCACUCUCCCACUUGCUGAUCACAGAUGGGGAGUGAGCCUUGUUCAGCAAACGAUGUGUAAGCCCAGCCUUCUGCAGAAGAGAUCAGAAGUUAUGGAAGCCAUCACCUCCAGCAGGCUCUUUGCAAAUUCAGGAAGCAGACAGGUGAUUGCUGUGGACUGUCUUCCAGUACUUCGUUUGAUCUGUAAAGCUGAAAAGCUUAGAGAGCAGUGCAAACUCAAACGAAGAUUCAUGCACUACUUGGAAGGAAUUCACUUGAAUUUUCCAAGAUCCGUUCUCGAUGCUAUGGCAGCUGGUUUUCCUUGAUGUGUUCAAAGACGAAGUUAGAUAUUAAGUCCUUAGGCCUGUCAAACUCAAUGACACAACAUUUAUAAGGAAAAAAUAACUAUUUAUGAAUUUUAAUGUUGAAUUUCAAUACUUAAAUGCUGGUAUAAAUGACGUUGUAUAUAGUGCAGUCUUUAAAUGUGAUUAGAAGUUUUCUAAUUAUUAAUCAUGUUUUUACUUUUGGAAAUCAUUUGUACAUAAGCAUCCUUUUGCUGUAUAACAGCCAAUAUUUUCUAUAAAGAGUGUACACAUUAAAUAAAUCCAUUACAUUUGUUUUGUA